CGAGUUUAUGCCUUAACCGACUCAGAAAAGCCAAAUUUCAUUUUAUAUAAUCUUUGUUUCUUUCCUUUUUUGACAAAAUAGUUUUUUUUUCUUCUUAAACACUUGUCUACUUUCUUUGCUGUCACUGAAACAGAAACCGAAACUUUUUCUCUGAACAAGUACAGUAACUUCUGAAACGUCAUCGUUUCGAUCUUGUUCUGGAUUCAGUCAAACACGCGGUUACGAUUCGUCCGGGACACGCUGUCCUCCCAACGCCUCCAACUUCCUAUAUCACAUAUCUCUCUCACGCGCUCUUUGCCGCCAAGGUGGCUCUUCCGCAAUCAGCCACUACCGCCACCACCACCACCACCAUCGUUGCCACACCGUCGCCGGAGAAUCUUAUCUAAUGGAUAAAUCUAUGUCCAAUGGAGAUAGCCAAUUUAACCGAACAUUCUCUUCUUAUUCUUCCGCUUCACAGAGGGAUGUUCGUUACAGCUGUGGCUCUUGUGGUUAUGAGCUGAACCUAUCCUCCUCAAACCGGAACACCACAUCCAUUGGAUCAAAAUACGGGAAGUCCAUAAAGCGAGGCAUCAUAUCAUUCUUCAAUAUUGACGAUAACAGAUUUACCCAAGUUGAUGAGAUACAAUGUGUGCCUCAUUUUCAUAAACAUUCAUGGGGCUUAUUCCGUCGAAGAACUAAGCUUCUCUGUCGAAAAUGUGGCAACCAUAUUGGAAAUGCAUACAAUGGUUUCACUUCCUCCUUACCACUCGUGUCAGACGGAGCAGAAUCAUCCCCUAGCUCCAAAGCGGCCGGGAGUGUGAAAUACGACAUCCGCAUUCGGUCAUUACAACCUUCAUCUUCCGGAGAAUCUGGAUUCCCUGUAUUAGCUUGAAAUACCUGGUAAAAAUGUAUUCUAUUUCCUUUCUACUUAGUAGUCAUUGGAGAUAUGAAGGUUAAGACUUCAAAAUUAUAUGCAGUGAUCCGGUUUGGCAUUGUUUUUGUAUUUUUCCUCCGUCGAAAUGUGAAUAAUAUCUGUAUGUGAAGGUUGCAAUAAUUGAGUUUAAAAAAUACUAAA